UUAUCAGUAAACUUUUUUUUAUUUAGAUUUUUAUUUGUAGUUUGCAGCUUUAUUGUUUUUACGGUAAUGUUUUAUUGUUUUUACUUAAAUGGUUCACCAAGCUUUUGAACUCAAACCAGAAGCUCAGCCAAACAAUGAACCGGCCUAAAAUAAAAAUGCUGUUUUUGGGACCACUUUAAUAUCUGUAAUUAAUAAUAGUAACAAAACAAUUUAAAAGCGAUAUGCCUCAUACAAAUGCAUAUAUAAUUGUACCAUAUUAUUUUUUAACUGUUCAUAAAAGUUAUAUGCGUCUAUACAUAACUUCUGCACUAAAUUCACGAGAGCCAUACACAUUUCAUAAAAGCCACAAGUGCAGAUUGUAACAGCGACCACGAGGUGGCGUUUUCCGCCUACAUCCCACUCGAAUCCUCCCCACAGCUAUUGAAUUUGUGAUGCUAAAAAUACUCGCAGGUCUUCACAUCGGUCUUGGAAUGCAGUGGGUGCCAAAAAGAUUUGUAAAUGAACAUUUUUGAUCCAGUUUUAAUGCUCUAAAUGUCACACUGACGCUUUUACAGCGCCUGGAAUGAAAGCAGCGCAUUAUUUAUCCCUCCGCCGAAGAUUAAUGAAUGAAUGAACGAAGAUGCAAGUGAUGCUGUGCAGCCGGUGAUAUUCCUAAAAGCUUUUGUUACAACGAUCUGGCGUUAAGAUGUUUCCGUCGUGCUAUUCAAAGCCCAAGAAUGGGUCUCAGUUUAAGAUGUCUUACACCAAAGUGAUUUUUGGUGUGCUGGUGGUGUACGUUCUCCAUACAUGCUGGGCCAUAUACGGCUUCAUUCAAACCAAACCCUGUGACAGCUCCAAAGGAGACAGCUGCGUUUCAUCUUAUCUCACCCUUAAACCUCGACUGCAGCUGAGCAUCUAUUACACCCUGGAUCCCAGUGAUGAGUCUGGACACAACCUCCUGUUCAAAGUUGACAGAUUUGACAUCAACAACAAGUUUGAAAGGAAGAUGAGUGUCACCCUUCCUGAGAUAACCCAUAAAAAUGGGACAGUUCAUGCAGUAGUGUUUGUACACAAGAGCGGAGUGUCACCCUGGAAAGACAACAGACACGUGCGGCUUGUGACCCGUCUCAUGUCUCAGAUGAUCCCCCUUCAGUCUGCAACCACCACGAGCACACAGGAGACAUCAAAGGAUCGGCGGAUUGCUUCAUAUUGGAGAUCAUGUCUUACCUUGAACCUAAUGAAUGAGGACUUUAUCUUCAGCAACUCUGGGGUUCCCAGUGACCUACGGCGGUAUAUGAAAAUAGUUGAAGAUGGAAAACGGGAAAAGAAGAAAUUGUAUCUGCCCCUUUUACUGGUCGAUGAAUUGAGAAGCCGAUUGAAAGACUUGAUUAUCAACAGGACCACAAAAGCAGUGCCACUGACAGUAUCAUAUGACGCCAUCACCUUACGCAAAUUCAGACUAUGGAUUCACAUACAUGCUGUCAUAUAUUCCCUCAAACAUUUUGGAUUUUCCGAGCAGAGCCUUGAUGAAAUCAAAGCCAUGUUUGUGGAGAGCGGUCUGCAUGUGUUGGCUUUGUCAGUCCUCCUCCCUGCCUUCCACCUUUCAUUUGAAGUCUUUGCCUUUAAGAAUGACAUAAAGUUCUGGAGAGAAAAGAAGACUUUAGCAGGCAUUUCCAGGAGAUCAGUGUUUUGGAGAUGUUUUAGCACCAUUGUAAUUUUCCUCCAUCUACUAGAAGAGCAAUCUAGCUGGUUAAUUCUGCUUCCCACUGGAAUAGCAGCUCUGAUUGAGUUAUGGAAGGUGAAUAAGGUCAUAGCACUUUCACCCCAAUUUCAUGAUAAAAAAUUGGAUGAUUAUGAGCGAGCAACAGAAGAGUUUGAUUCUAAGGCUAUGAAAUUCUUGUCAUACCUGAUGUAUCCGUUGUGUAUCAGUGGAGCUAUAUAUUCAUACUUAUAUCUCCAAAACAAAAGUUGGUAUUCCUGGAUAACUAAUGGCCUUAUUAGUGGUGUUUAUGCAUUUGGAUUUCUGUCGAUGGUUCCUCAGCUCUUCAUUAACUACAAGUUAAAAUCAGUGGGUCACCUGCAGAUGUCCACCUUAAUGUAUAAGGGCUUGAACACAUUCAUCAGUGAUGUCUUCAGUGGUAUAAUAACAACCCCUGGACCACAUCAGCUGGCCUGUUUCAGAGAUGAUGUGGUCUUCCUCAUCUACCUCUAUCAGCGCAGGAUUUAUCCAAUGAGCAAGUCCAGGUCACGUGAUUACGGGACGUCACACAGGAAGAAAUCAAAAGGAAAGGCACACGAGGACUAAGCGCCUGCAGCAUUCUCCGAGAGCGUGUGCUCUUCAUGCAUGUAACACAAGAGAAAUGCUAAGGACACAGAAGAGGGGCGUUACAGUUGCCCAAAGACAUUUACUGUAUUCUUUCAACAAGCCUGCUUUCUAAUGUACAGUUGUAGGACUCAGUAUUUUAUACAGUACGGCUGAAGUGAAUAAUUUGAGCACGGAUGCUUUAUAUUAAAUUGUGUAAAUGUA